AUUUACUUGCUUUGGAUGUUAUUUUCUACUUAUGAGAUCUUACGAAUUCAACACCUAAUUAUAUAACCUGCUUCCUGAAGUUGAAAAUUCAUUGUUAGUUGAACGAAACCUUUAAUUACAUUAUGUCUCUUGUUUCUACCAAAGGUUGCAAUUUGGUCAUUAUUUGUUUUUGGUUUACAAUCGUUCAACGUUAUAGUAACAUAGACCAAUUCUUUUACAAAUUACAACAAAUCACGUUACAAUAUAAGAAUUUUAGUCGAAUUUAGGAGUUGGAGUUUCUUUAGGACUAAUAAGAACCCUUUAACCUGCAUCUUCCACCAAGGAGGUACGAGACAUUCUUUGUUAUUUAGUCAUAUGAUUUAUUAAUCGGGGCAUACUCUGUGGAAUUAUAAAUUAAAAUGUACUUCAAGCUAUGUUACUUGGACUCGGGUAUUAAUAUCGGAUAUUGGUACGUGUUCAAGUGUCGUAUACGUCUAAACAUUCGAUUUUACACUUAAAAUAAAGUUUUUAUGUGCCAUACCAAUGUCCGAGCAUCAAGGAUUGAAUACGGGUAUGUGAAGUAAAAUGAAGAGUUCGAGAAGCAUAGAUCUCAACUGUUUAACCCCAUGAAAGUCAUUCACAACGAGAAGCAUAGCUUGCAAAGUUUUCCAGUCCCCAUAACGUUUGGAGGGCUUUAAUGUAAUGUGAGUGCUUAGUCUCAGUACUUAGCUUCGUUCCUAACGGCCUAACUGUUCAUAGCCCAUAGACCGUGUUGGAUAAUAACUAAUAAGGGACUAAUUCAAGCGUAUUUUUAACAUGCGAACAAUGUGAAUUGAACCUCUCCUUGAAGUGCUUGUUAUCCAUUUUAAGUUUUAGGGAAACCAAAGAUGAUAGCUGAUAUUGGGAUCUCUGUUGUAAUGUUUCGAAUCUAAAACACUUAGGAUAAUUGGAUCGAUAAGAUUGCUGGUAGCUGUGAUCGGUAAUAUGAUAUUACUAAUAUGAUGCUCUGCUUUGUUAGCCACCUCUCACGACUUAAGGAAUUCGGUGAUGGUUCACAUUGUUGCAGCCAUUGUCAUCAUCCUCAUGAUGAUCUGGACUCUGGUGGUUAAGAAUUGUAUGGUCAGUUCAUAGAUCAACUUCAGGGACAGCUUCAUCACUUCUUUUGAUUAGAUGGGUUUUUUCCAAUGGUAGUUAAUACGUUGAUAUUGCCAAAUUACCAAAAUGAUUGAUAUUUGAUCGAACUCUUGCCAUGCAAUACAUAAUUCACUUGAAAAUUAUUAGUUAAUAUGGUAAUCUUUUGUAAAUUAAUAUCGUGGCAGCUAGAUUAACUCAAAGAUAUUUGUUUCCUGUCGAUUAUGAUAACUAAAUUCUUUUGAUUACUCCAAGUAUUUAUAUACUUUUUUUUGAUUUCGAGUUAUAUAUAAUCCUCUACAAGCAUGAGAGAGGAGGAAAUUUGAUCUUACUGAUGGUGAGAAUUGAUCUCCGAUCACAAGGGGAGGACCGUGAAAAUCUUCAAUUACUAGACCGACCUAUGAUUGUCCUAAGUAUAAGUUUAUGUCAAUUGAGAAUUUGCCCCUAUGUUUGGAUAUUUGGAGACAAAAUGUUGCUGUACUAAGAAUGCCAUUUGGAUUACAUAGAAUACAAAAUUCACCCUAUAUUUAGGCGAUUAGUGUCCAAUGAUCUGCCCCUUUGUUGAUAUUGAUAUCAAUUGCAAAAUGAUUGGGUGUAUGUGGCUAUUAUUAUUUUAUUCAAAAACGCGGAUAACUAAUAUAAAAUUCGAUUAUUGCAAGUGUACAACAAAAAAGCCGUUGAAGUUUUCAUCAAUUAUUUAUUUUCGAUAACCUGAGUUCUCUAGUUUUAGAAGAAAAACGAAUAAGUUGAUAUGGUAAAUUGGUAAUUUAAAACCGUUAAGUUUUCUGCAUUUUUUAAAAGAAAACUGAUGUUGAGAAUCUCAUCAGUUUUAAGGUAUGACGCGAAUAAAAUACAAACUAAAAUAAUGAUAUAUGUGCGAGUUUAUUGGGGCAUUAGUUUGGAAAAAGUUUGUUAACAAAGUUUGCAGUUCACAUGCCUCAUUGGUGUUCGCCCCAUCCAUCACAUUUAGUGAUUUAUCCUAUCAGCUUCGUUUCAACACAAAUAGUAAGAAACAAAUGAGGAUGUUGAAAUUGUAUGGAUGUUAUUAAAAGACCAAGAAAAUGUGCAUAUGAGAAUUUUAAAAAGUGAUGACUGGUGAGGGAAUGUUGCAAAGUUAAGGGCACGGACAGAAAUAAUAUGUUUUGCAAUUCAUACGGACAUAUGGAGUAUUUUGCUUAUGGCCACACACUCGCACAACAGCCUGUUGCUGUUUCUUGAUUUCAUUUCUGUUCAUACCUUUGUUUUACCAUUUCCACACACUUUUUAUAAUUCUUGUAUGCAUAAUGCCUAGCUUUUUUUAUACUGACUACUACCUCGAAUAAGACAAUCAUAUAAAAUCUCCCAUUAUUUUAUUCAAUGCAGAUUUCCUGGGUACUUAGCUAAAGAAUCAUGACAGUUUUCUGGGCAUUUUUAUAUUCCAAGAUGACGUAGUUUAGAGUGAACUCAGAUAUUUUUUUAUAUUUCAACCAACUUGUAUGGAAAAAUCAAUUAUUUUUUAAACAUAUUUUUAGUGAUUUUGAUUCCCGAACUUUUUGGGAUUCUUAGUAAUAAGUAGUGGCUUUCAAGUUUCAAUUGUCUGCCCUGUUGAGCUGUUCUUUACAUUGAUAGUUGAAAAUUUUGUACAUAUAUGUUUGGAUUGAUUAUUCUUCUGUUGUUUUGAUCAUGGGUUUGUUCUUUGGACAUGGAUUUUGGUGGGGAGGUUUAAUGUUUAUUUUGUUAAUGGUGGAAAUGGGACCCACUUGGGGGCAAAGAAAUUCUUCUGGUUUUGAUGUAUCUUCCAUGGCUAGACCAAAAUCUGUGAAUAUUGGAGCUUUUUUUACAUUCAAUUCGGUUAUUGGAAGAGCAUUGAAGUCAGCAAUAAUAGCUGCAAUUGAUGAUAUCAAUUCCAAUUCAAGUAUAUUACAUGGAACAACAAUAAACCUCAUUUUUUAUGACACCAAAUGCAGUGGUUUUGUGGGCACUAUGGGAGCCUUGCAGCUAAUGGAGAAGGACGUGGCUAUUGCAAUUGGUCCUCAAUCUUCUGGCAUUGCUCAUGUUAUCUCAAAUGUUGUGAAUGAGCUUCAUAUUCCCUUACUAUCUUUCGCAACAGAUCCUGCUCUCUCUGCGUUGGAGUUCCCAUAUUUUAUCCGUAUGACACAGAGUGACUAUUUUCAGAUGUAUGCUAUUGCUGACUUGAUUGAGCAUUAUGGGUGGAGAGAUAUAAUUGCUAUAUUUGUGGAUGAUGAAUAUGGCAGAAAUGGAAUAUCUGCACUAGGAGAUGCUCUUGCUAAAAAGCGUGCCAAGAUUUUGUACAAGGCUGCCUUAGCUUCAGGUGCUUCAAAAAAUGAUAUAAAUGAUUUGUUAGUUGAAGUGGAUAUGAUGGAAUCUCGAGUUUUUGUAGUCCAUGUGAACCCUGAUUCUGGUCUGAACGUAUUUUCUGUUGCAAAGUCUAUUGGGAUGAUGAGUAAGGGCUAUGUUUGGAUUGCUACAGAUUGGCUUCCUUCUGUUCUUGACAGCAAAGGACCAAAAGACUCUUCUACGAUAGAUUUACUUCAAGGUGUGUUGGCUCUUCGCCAUCAUACUGCAGAUUCUGAAAACAAACAUGCUUUUAUGUCUAGAUGGAAGGUCUUGAAAAAUGUGGGAAACUCUAGCCUUAAUUCUUAUGCUUUCUAUGCUUAUGAUUCCAUUUGGUUAGCCGCUUAUGCUCUUGAUUCAUUUUUCAACCAGUCUGGUAACUUAACUUUCUUUAGUAACCCCAUGAUUAACGGCAGUGCACACAGAUCAUCUCUUCGUGUUUCCCAAGCAGGCCAACAAUUGCUCCAGAUACUGCUCGGAACAAAGUACAUGGGUUUAUCUGGGGAAAUACGAUUCGAUUCAGAAAAGAACUUAGUCCAUCCUGCAUUUGACAUAUUGAAUAUUGUUGGAACCGGGUCUAAAAAUAUCGGAUAUUGGUCCAACUACUCUGGCCUUUCGGUUGUAUCCCCAGAAACUUUGUACCUGAAGCCUUCUAACACUUCUUCUAGUAGCCAACAGCUAGGCGCUGUUAUCUGGCCUGGUAACGUCAGCGAAGUUCCUCGUGGAUGGGUGUUUCCAAAUAAUGGCAAGCCUAUGCAGAUUGUAGUACCAAAUCGCGUCAGUUACAAAGAAUUUGUUGCUGCAGACAAGAAACCCCCUGGAGUUCAAGGAUUCUGUAUUGAUGUCUUUGAAGCUGCUCUUAAAUUGCUUCCGUAUCCUGUUCCACACAAAUAUGUGUUAUAUGGUGAUGGCAUAAGAAAUCCAGAGUUCAACCGUCUUGUCUAUGAUGUUGCUGAUAACAGAUUUGAUGCAGCUGUUGGAGACAUAACUAUAGUCACAAACAGAACUAGGAUAGUGGAUUUCACACAGCCAUUUAUGGAAUCAGGAUUAGUUGUAGUUGUCCCAAUAAGAAAGGUAAAAUCAAGUGCAUGGGCAUUCCUCAAACCUUUUACUAUACAGAUGUGGUGUGUUACUGGAGCCUUCUUCUUACUUGUGGGAAUUGUUAUUUGGAUUUUGGAGCAUCGAGUCAACACUGAAUUUCGUGGUCCACCUACUCAACAACUUAUCACAAUAUGCUGGUUCAGCUUUUCAACUAUGUUUUUCUCACACAGAGAGAACACCUUGAGCACAUUAGGAAGAUUUGUGCUACUUGUAUGGCUCUUUGUGGUGUUGAUUAUCAACUCGAGUUAUACAGCUAGUUUGACUUCUAUUCUCACAGUGCAGCAGCUAUCAUCAAGAAUUGAAGGAAUUAAUAGCUUAAUCGCUAGUAAUGAUCCAAUUGGUAUUCAAGACGGCUCAUUUGCUCAUGAUUAUCUUGUCAGAGAACUCAAUAUAGCUGCGUCUAGGAUCAAAACUCUAAAGAGCCAAGAAUCAUAUGCCGAUGCUCUUGAGCGUGGCCCUAACAAUGGAGGUGUAGCUGCCAUUGUCGAUGAGCUUCCUUAUGUUCAAGUCCUCUUGUCUUCGAGUAACUGCAAUUUUCAAGUAGUAGGACAAGAGUUUACAAAAAGUGGCUGGGGAUUUGCAUUUCAACGGGAUUCUCCGCUCGCAGUUGACUUGUCCACAGCUAUACUCCAACUCUCGGAAAAUGGUGAACUACAAAGAAUCCAUGAUAAGUGGUUAGAAAACAGAGGUUGUCCAAGUCAAUCCGGUCUAGCUGAAACCAGUCGACUCUCUCUAAAAACUUUCUGGGGCCUAUUUUUGAUUUGUGGCAGUGCCUGCUUCUUGGCACUUGUUAUGUUUUUUAGCCGAGUGUGUUAUCAGUUCAGCAGAUAUGCUCCUGAAGUUGUAAGAGAAGAUGAGAGCGAGGCCAUAGAACAGGUUAGGUCGAGACGUCUCAGCUCAACAAGCUUCAAGAAUUACUUAGAUUUUGUCGAUAGAAAAGAAGCCGAGAUUAAGGAGUCCUUUAAGCGAAAGAACAGUAUCGAGAGCAAUCGAUCACAAGCUAGUCGAAGUCAUAGUUUGGAGAAGGAGUCUUCUUCCUCUGCCUAGUUUAUGAGUUGCAAUGUUCAGGUUUUUUUCAACACAAUACAAUUGCAGAAUUGCGACAGUUGCAGAAUGAUAUUUGUAUAUAUGUUUAUUGCGGUCUUUCUUCUGAUCCUUUCCCUUAUUCGAGGCAUAUCAAACUCAAGGAAGGACUCCAUUACUACAAUGGCCUCCUUCGACGCAUGAACAUGACAUUAUGAUGCUUUGACAAUUGUUCGACUCACCAUAAUGCCCAUUCAAUUGAGCUUGUGUGCUCGAGUCGAAGUGUAAAGUUUAAUGGACUAAGUUUGUGGGUUGUGUGGGCCAAGUGUAUAGUGUAUAGUGGAUGCUUAGUGCUACUAAGUACUACUUAUAAAAAAAAAACUUUCUCUAAUACACAAUAUACAACUUAAUCUUUUCUUUAAUUUUUAUAUAUCCCUGAAACUUAUAUUUAUCUUUUUAUUAAUCAUAUUUCAAAUUUAAAGAAAAAUAAAAUUUUUUUAUAAUUUAACUG